AUGCCAGUACCCUCCGCGCCAAUGAACAUUCCAGCUUUCGAUCCCUCAAAAAGCGAUGCGGGAGCAAUGGGUUGGUGUGAUGAUAUGGAUACCUUGGCAGCCUUAUUCAAGUGGACUGAUUUUGAACAGCUUUGCAGAGUCGAGGGUGCCAGGAAGGUGACGCAAAGGAUUGGUAUGACAACUGGCAUCCAUCAAAUAAAGUUUGGGCUAGUUUCCGGGCCGAGCUUUGUCAGCUUUAUCCUGCGAAGAGGAAUCUUAGUGAGCGGUUACGUAAAGCUAGUAUGUACAGAAGUGACCAAGCCACGGAAUAUUGUGAGUACGCAAGCAGAAAAAUAUCUUUGUUAA